AUGGAGGCUGACAGUGCCAAUAGUAGGGAAUCUGAACGCAGUAUGGCAGCUGAAUCUGUGGAUAAGGAUGCUGAUGUUAGUUUCAUUGAAGGUUUUUUGAAAGAUUUGGAUCUUACAGCAUACUUGGGCGAUUUCAUUGACUACGAAAUCAUAACUUUGUCAGAUUUGAAGUACGUCGAUAGAGAAAUCCUGACAGAAAUUGGAAUCACUAAAAUAAGUGACAGAGUUCGGAUCUUACAGAAGAUUAAGAGGUUUGGUGAAGAGAAGCAGAAGUCACAAUUAAGACAAUUAGAUGAACUUAUAAACAAGUUUAGUUCAUUGUCUAUUUCAAAUUCAAGCACUUUGAAUAACCUGUUAUCAAUUAAUUUGAAGAACGACGAUUUGAUAACUGAGAAACAUCAUGUCAUAUUCAUUUUGAAUGAUGGAUCAGCGAAGAAGGUGAAUGUCAAUGGCUGUUUUAAUGCUGCCUCCAUAAAGAAAAGACUCUUGAAACGUUUACCAAGAGAAUUUUUAAUUUCAGAACGUAAUUUAAACUCGAAUGACUAUGAUGUUUUCGUUGCAGAUUACUCGAAGAAUGUGUUACACCUGCUGUAUGAUGUAGAAUUGGUCACUAUAUGCCAUUCAAAUGAUAGAAUUGAGAAAAAUAGGUUGAUAUUUGUUGCUAGAGAUCAAACACCAAGUGAUAAGGCCAUUACCACUUCAAAAAAGAUUUAUAUUAAGACAUUAAGCUAUUUAAGCCAAAUGAAUUCAACUUCCUCAUCUCAACCUUCGAAUGUGAUUUCAAUGAAUCAGCAACAACAUCAGACACGUCAACGACAACUAGAAGAGGAAAGACUCAAAAUUGAGAAUAGUAAAGAUAAAAUUAGGUCAAUUUUCAAUCAGCGACCACCAAGUGAAUUAAUUUCCACUAAUUUAAAGGGAUAUUUCCCAGAAGCGGACUUCAGUCGUUUACAAAAUACCUUAAGGGAGUCAUUUCGUCAGUCUCAAAGGUUAUCUACCAUUAGUCACAAUAGGAACAUCAACAUCGAUUCCAAUAAUGUAGGUGACAUCCUUUUGAAACGUAGUAAUGCUGUCGACUCCGCUCUACUAAGUAGUUUGGACAACAAUGACAAAAAUACAAAAAGAAAACAAUCGAAUGAAUCAGAAAGUGAUCAUGAAGCUACCAGAGAAGAAGAGGUUGAUGAAUACGAUGAUUCUGAAGUCAUUUCGUUACCAACCAAGAUGGUUACUCCAAAAUCUUGGCUGAAAGGUGCACGUAUUGGUUCUGGUAGUUUUGGUAGUGUUUAUCUUGGGAUGAAUGCACAAACGGGUGAACUUAUGGCUGUUAAGCAAGUGGCUAUCCAGGCUCAAGCUCCAAUACCGGUAUCUCCUACAUCACCUUCAAAACCUAACGUCGAGAAAGAUAUGAAAUCACCGUCAUCGGAAAACAAGGCUAAUAGUGAUAUUCAUAGGAAGAUGAUUGACGCUCUUCAACAUGAAAUGAAUUUGUUGAAGGAACUACAUCAUGAAAACAUUGUCACUUACUAUGGUUCCUCUCAAGAAGGUGGUAACUUGAAUAUUUUUCUGGAAUAUGUCCCUGGUGGUUCGGUAUCUUCAAUGUUAAAUAGCUAUGGACCAUUCGAAGAAUCGUUGAUUAUAAAUUUUACAAGGCAAAUCUUAAUUGGUGUUUCGUAUCUACACAAGAAAAAUAUUAUUCAUAGAGAUAUCAAAGGUGCCAACAUUUUAAUAGAUAUCAAGGGUUGCGUGAAAAUUACAGAUUUUGGUAUUUCUAAGAAAUUAUCUCCUCUAAAUAACACUUCUGGUGACGAUGGCUCUGGAGAAUCUGAUAAGAGAGCUUCAUUGCAAGGUUCAGUUUAUUGGAUGGCACCAGAAGUAGUUAAACAGACUGCCACAACUUCUAAAGUUGAUAUUUGGUCCACUGCUUGUGUAGUUAUCGAGAUGUUUACGGGGAAACAUCCGUUCCCAGAUUUCUCGCAAAUGCAAGCUAUUUUCAAAAUUGGUACAAAUACAAUGCCAGAAGUACCAUCGUGGUCUAGCGAUGAUGCAAGAGACUUCUUGAAAGAGAGUUUUAUUUUGGAUUAUAGACAGAGACCAAGUGCUAUCCAACUAUUACAACAUAAAUGGCUAGAUACUUCUAUACUUUGA